UUCUUCAUAACCCUAGCGGUGAUGCGGAGCAUCGAUGGCUAGUAAAUAGCAUAGAUGCGGGACUUCUUUAUAUCUUGUCCUUUCGUGGCUGUCAGCAUUUGAUCAAAGGUUCUCUUGUGCAAGGCGGAAACCGACGUCACGGUGCAGGGAGGCCACUUCGGCACAACGCUCCAGACGGCUGCAUAUAGAGGACACCGAGAGGUCGUGACGCAGCUCCUCAAGGCGGGAGCCGACGUUACGGCGCAGGGAGGCCUCUACGGCACGGCGAUCCAGGCAGUUGCAGCUCAUAAUCACGAAAUGGUGGUCGAGCAGCUGCUAGCUUCUCAACGUGCACUCGAAAUUAUACGUGUAUAGUAAGAAAUCAAUCCGAGAAACCCCCCUGAAGAGCUUUCUAACUUCAUCAUCCGAGGGGAGGUCGCCCGAAAACGAGUAAAGAUUGCAAGAUGAGUCAGCUCCACGAAGGAUGAUCGACAAUGAUUCGGUUACAGUGGGUGUGGGACGGACUGGCCGUAGGAGGGUAUUCGUCGCACUUGGAAGCGUUACAGGUGUGUCUCCGGGAAUGUACGCACUGCUGACAGACUGCCGAGAAGUCAAAGAUCCGGGUCUUGCUAAGGUUGUGCCAGUAUCGAUAGAGAUAGAUUGGUUGGCAAAGAAGCUAGUGAUGUAAUCUAGCGGACCGAUUGUAUUAUGAGAUUUGUGACCGCGGAGUUCGUCUGGUGAGGAGGGUUUUCUGAAAACUUGCCUCUCUGCAGUGAGACCAGAAGACGUGAGACUUAUAAC